GUCUAAAAAAUGUUUCGCCAUCGCAGUUAAAAAACUUGUCUGAGAUUCUCUGACUCCCAUGAACUGUUUAAUAAUUUCAGUUCUUUUUUUUGUAAUAAUUGCAAUGGGCGCUGCGGAGGUUAAAGAGGUAAAGUUUGAAGAGCUGCGCGAUGGAUUGAACAACAAUAGCCUUGUUUAUUUAGAUGUACGCAAUAGAGAUGAACUUCGUACUGAUGGAAAAGUGGUUGGUAGUGUAGUGGUUCCCUUGCCAGAAGUGGAACAUGCAUUCAAUUUAGAAGAUGCAGAAUUCCUGGACAAGUAUGGUUUCUCCAAACCAGCUAGAGAUGCCACAAAUGUAGUGGUUGGCUGCAGAUCAGGACGUAGGGCUGUCACAGCCAUUGGAACUCUUGAAAAGCUUGGAUAUACCACAUUGAGGAUCUACAAGGGAAGCUUUCUGGAUUGGCAGGCUAAAGGUGGACCCAUUACGAAAGAAUAACUGCCAUGGUUACCUGGACCAGACCCUUAGUUGUUUGUCACCUUUUAUGGUUACAAGUAGACCUAUAUUAUAUGCUGCCCUCUUCUGUGCCUUAUUAGUCAUUGCUCAACAGGUUUGUUAUCAACCCAUCAUUCCAUAACAAUGACCUUGCUUUUCUUAUUACUUUAGUUGUCUUAUGGUGCUGGAAAAUAAAAAUAAGCAUACACACAUUAAAAAAUG